UCUCCGUGCCGAACAGAACCCAACGGUCGACAGCAGCAGUAAUAAAAAACAAGUCACAAAAAACUACAAAAAAUUAUUGUGAAAACGGCUGUGAAAAUAAAAAACGAAUCGUUGCGCAAAUAUUUGUUGGGCAAUCAAAAGAAGCCUCGGCGCGUGUGGGUCUCGGCAGUGCUCCAACUAUCCAAAACUAUAUCUCGAGCUGAGUUCAGCUUACCCAAGAACUCAAAGACGAAGCAUGUCGGAAUUUCUGCGGGAACAUGGCGAGUAUGUUUGGGUCAAGCCGCAGAACACGAGCAGCGAAUUCGCGGUGCCCUUCGGAGCGCGGAUUGUGCGCACGGAGAAGACCCAGACGCUGGUCUGCGAUGAUGCGAAGAAGCAGUUCUGGGUGCCGGCGGGAGAUGUGCUCAAGGCCAUGCAUCUGACCUCGCACGAGGAUGUGGAGGACAUGAUCACGCUGGGCGAUCUGCAGGAGUACACGAUUCUGCGCAAUCUCCAAACGCGCUACGCCAAACAGUUUAUCUACACAUACACAGGCUCCAUGCUGGUGGCCAUCAAUCCGUACCAGAUACUGCCCAUCUAUACGCAUCGCGAGAUUCAAUUGUAUCGAAAUAAGAAGCUCAACGAGUUGCCGCCACACAUCUUCGCCGUGAGCGACAAUGCCUUCCAGCGCCUGCAGCGCCUGAAGGAGGACCAGUGCGUCGUGAUUAGCGGCGAGUCCGGAGCCGGCAAGACCGAGAGCACCAAGCUGAUCCUGCAGUACCUGGCUGCGAUCAGUGGCAAGCACUCCUGGAUCGAGCAGCAAAUUAUCGAGGCGAAUCCCAUAAUGGAAGCCUUCGGCAAUGCGAAGACCGUGCGCAACGACAACUCCUCCCGGUUCGGCAAAUACAUUGACAUUCGCUUCACGCCGGAGGGCGCCAUACAGGGUGCUCGCAUACAGCAGUACCUGCUGGAGAAGUCACGGAUUGUCUUCCAGAGUCGCGAGGAGCGCAACUAUCACAUCUUCUACUGCAUGCUGGCGGGGCUGAGUGCAGCGGAGCGGGAACGCCUGCAGCUGCAGGAGCAGAGUCCCAGCCAGUAUCAUUACCUGGCGCAGGGCGGCUGCUUCACGCUGGCGGGCAAGCAGGAUGCCAAGGACUUUGCCGACAUACGCGCCGCCAUGAAGGUGCUCUCCUUCAAGCAGGAGGAAGUCUGGUGCCUGCUCAGCCUAAUGGCUGCCAUACUGCAUCUGGGCAACUUGCGCUUCAAGGCGACCGAAGUGGCCAACCUGGAGGCAGCCGAGGUCGACGAUCCCGUCAACCUGCAGCGUGUGGCACAGCUUCUGGGCCUGCCGGCGACGCCUCUGUAUACGGCGCUGACACAACGCACCAUCUACGUGCACGGGGAGCACGUGGUGACCAGCCUGUCGAAGGAGGCCGCACUGGAGGGACGCGAUGCCUUUGUAAAGUCCCUCUAUGACGGCAUCUUUGUGCGGAUCGUGCGGCGCAUCAAUGAGACCAUCAACAAGCCGCCGACGGAGCCGGUAAACAGCAUCGGAGUAUUGGACAUCUUUGGAUUCGAGAACUUCGAUAACAACAGCUUUGAGCAGCUGUGCAUCAACUAUGCCAAUGAGAAUCUGCAGCAGUUCUUUGUCGGUCACAUUUUCAAGAUGGAGCAGGCGGAGUACCAGCUGGAGCAUAUCAAUUGGCAGCAUAUCGACUUUCAGGACAACCAGGAUAUACUCGAUCUCAUUGGCAUGAAGCCCAUCAACAUUAUGUCGCUCAUCGAUGAGGAGUCCAAGUUUCCCAAGGGCACGGAUCAGACUCUGCUGGAGAAGCUGCACGUCCAGCAUGGCAAUCGUUCCAUCUAUGUCAAGGGCAAGACCACGCAAACCUCGCUCUUCGGCAUUCGCCACUAUGCCGGCGUGGUCAUGUACAAUCCAUUGGGCUUUCUCGAAAAGAAUCGCGAUUCCUUUAGCGGCGAUCUGCGUUCCCUGGUGCAGCGUUCCAGCAACAGGUAUCUGGUGGACAUAUUUCCCCAGGAGCUGCCCAUGGACACGGCCAAGAAGCAGCCCACGCUCUGCGUCAAGUUUCGCAACUCCUUGGAUAUGCUGAUGCGAACCUUGUCGCAGGCACAUCCCUACUUCAUACGCUGCAUCAAGCCCAAUGAGUAUAAGGAACCUAAUAAUUUUGACAAGGAACUGUGUGUGCGUCAGUUGCGCUACUCGGGCAUGAUGGAGACGGCUCGCAUUCGUCGCGCUGGAUAUCCCAUACGCCACGCCUACCGCGCCUUUGUGGAACGCUAUCGACUGCUGGUGCCGCGCACGGGUCCGCUCGACCAAUGCGACUGCCGCUUGUUGGCGCGACAGAUAUGCGACGCGGCCUUGCCCGCCGACUCGGAUCGCCAGUUUGGACGCACGAAACUCUUCCUGCGGGAUGAGGACGAUGCGCUCCUGGAGGCAGAACGCUCGCGCAUAAUGCUUAAAUGGAUUGUGACCAUACAGAGAGGUAUACGGCGUGUGCUCUUCCGUCGCUACAUGCAGAAAUAUCGCCAGACCAUUGUCACAGUGCAGCGCUAUUGGCGAGGACGUGCCCAACGGCGCAGGUACCAGGUGAUGCGACUCGGCUUCCAUCGGCUGGGCGCCUGCAUAGCUGCCCAGCGACUGACCACCCACUUUACGAUGGUGCGCAGCCGUACGAUAAAGCUGCAGGCGCUCUGCCGCGGCAACCUGGCCAGAAAACGUUUCGCCAUGGAGCGGCAAGCCAAGCGGGCGACGCAGCUGCAACUAAACCGAGUAAAAGAGCAGGAACUGCUGCGCCUAAAGGAGCUGGAGCAGCAGCGUCUCAAGCAGCAGCAGGCUGAAGCGGAGCUCCGUUUAAAGGAAAAACAGGCGGCGGAGCAGCGUUUCAAGGAGGAGAUCGCGGCACGCAAUGCUCAAGCCAUGUUGGCUUUGAAUCAGCCCAAACGCACAAAGUCCCUGAAGCGAUCGGAGCAGCCGCAAAUCCGAGCGCAAGUGUUGCCGGCGCCCACGUUGCAGGCACGCAUGUCCCUGCCACCGCCCCCGCCGAUGUCCCCAAUCGCAAUUGUGUCGCUGGGCACUCGUCCCUCCAGCAACAGCAACAACAGCGUAGCCAGGACGAAUGGCAAUGCUGUGGACAGCCCUGGCUACAUGGACGUCGAGUCGUCCAAGCAAAUUGUGGACGAUGUGUUCGGCUUUCUCAACGACGAGCCCGAUAUAACCCUCAAGAAGAGCAACAGCAUCAGCUCCGCUGGCACAAUACGCCUGCCCAAGCCGACUCCCACCAAUUUGGACACAUCGGACUUUAGCUUCUUGAAGUUUGCCUCGACUUAUUUCUGCAACGGCAUCACAUAUCAGCACGAGAGGAAGCCUCUGAAGCAGCCUCUUUUGAAACAUGAUCUACCCAUGGAUCAAACGGCUGCCAAGGCCAUUUGGCUGAUGAUUCUGCGCUUUAUGGGCGAUCUGCCGGAGGCAGCGCCCAGCCCGACCCAUCAUUCCCUGCGUAACCCACAACUUAUGCAGGAUAUGGCGCGCAUUCUCGGCUCCAAGCCGCGUCGCUUUGUCAGGCAAACCGUCAAGCGUCAAACAAGUAUGAUUGGCAAUGGUCAUCAGGAUGCCGAGGAGUUCUAUCAGCUCUGGAUAAACGUCGGCAGCAGCCAUCUGGACAAGAUUCACAUCAUAAUUGGACAUGGUAUCUUAAGAGAAGGCUUAAGAGACGAGAUCCUCGCUCAGAUCUGCAAGCAGCUGUACCUGAAUCCCAGUCGCAGCUCGCUCUCCCGCGGCUGGUUGCUGCUCUCGCUCUGCUUGAGCUGCUUUCCACCCACAGCCAAUUUCGAGCCCUAUCUGCGCAGCUACAUGAAGGCGGGCACCGCCAAGCUGCAGGCGGCGCCUUGUCUACAGCAUCUGGAGCGCACCUUGGUCAACGGGGCGCGUUCCCAACCUCCCUCGCUCUUGGAGCUGCAGGCGAUUCGCAGUCGCCAGCCUUUGAAGUUGGCGAUUUAUUUGAUGGACGGCGAAGCUCGCAAAUUGCAGGUGGAUGCAGCCAGCACGGCCAGGGAGGUAGUGCAGCAGCUGUGCGAUGGGCUCGGUCUAAGCGACAGCUUUGGCUUCGGCUUGGUUUUGUCGUUGCACGAGAAGCUCAUGCCCCUGGGAGCCGGACGCGAACACGUGCUGGACGCUAUUGCCAGCUGCGAGCAACGCCAAGCGGAUGCACCUUGGAAGCUGUACUUGCGCAAGGAACUGUUCGGGGCCUGGUAUGAUCCUGCGCUGGAUCCCCAGGCAACGCAUCUCAUCUACAAGCAGAUUCUGAGCGGCUUAAAGUGUGGCGAAUAUCGCUGUCGCUCAGAGAAGGAUAUCGCGAUGGUCUGUGCCCUGGCCUCCUACAUUGAGCAUGGGGCACAACCCGUGGCAAGGCUCUCUGACAGCCAGCUGACGGCCUUUGUGCCGCAGGAUCUGCUUGCGCCGGGCGAACGGGCCGUACAGAACUGGAGUCGAUUGAUUGCAGCAACGUACGAGAGCAGCGCCUAUGUGAAGAAGGGCCAGGACGAGAAGUCGCAGCAGCGUGCCAAGGAAGACAUUUGCCUGUUUGCCCAUCUGUCCUGGCCCCUGCGCCAUUCUCGUCUCUACGAAGUGCUCCGCGUGUCCGGCCCCAAAUUGCAGAGCGAUGAUCUCAUGCUGGCUGUUAAUGCCACAGGACUCUCGCUCAUUGACGAAACGGAGCAGGUGCUCGCAUCCUGCAGCUAUGCGGAGCUGCUCAAGGUGCACUAUCGAGCCAGCGACCAGAUACACGUCCUUACCGCCCAACAGGAGAACUUUGUGCUGCAGUCCAGCGAGGCUCUCGAUGCAGUUGAGCUGAUUGACUUCAUGCUGGUCAGCCUGCAGCAACGCUCCAGCUACGGCGUAGCCAUAGACAACACCCAGGCACAGUCUGAACAGGAUGACCUGCUGGCGCUAACAGCCGGGGAUCUGGUGCAGUUCGAAGCGGGUGUCACGGGUGCCCAGUUGAUGGCAAAGGAUCCCAGAUGCAGCUGGCGUGGCUGUGCCAAUGGACAGUGGGGUCAAUUUGUCGCCGCCAAUGUGCGCAUCCUGGCCACGCUCUCGAAGCCCAGCGCACAGUUACAGCAGAUAUUCAAAGAGCGAACGAGUCGGAACCUUGCAGAACAACCUGAGGCAAAGGGCUCGACGGCAGCUCCGCGUCGUCGAAAUCAUAGUUUGGCCCAGUUUGCUGAGAUGCAGUUCCGAGAGCGCUUGGAAUCGGAGCAGUCCCCUUUGUGGAGGUAUUCAGCCGAGCCACUGAAGGCACCGCUCCUUAGGUCUCUGCACUCCAAGCCGCAGCUCUACCAACAGGCACAAGUCAUUCAUCAUCACAUACUGAAGUACAUGGGCGAUAUAGCACGCGGUAAUCUACCUGUGAAUACGGAUUUAAUCUUCCAGCCGGCUCUGCAAGAGCCGUUGCUCUGUGAUGAGGUCUUCUGUCAGCUCUUGAAGCAGCUAAGCGACAAUCCGCUGGAGGUGAGCGAGGAUCGUGGCUGGGACUUGCUCUAUCUGGCCACAGGCAUCAUGGCGCCCAGUGUGCUGAUAAUGCGUGAACUAAUUCUGUUCCUGAGCCUGCGGCACGAUGCACUGGCAGAUGCAUGCCUGAGGCGUUUGAAACGUUCCGUGCAGUACGGGCCGAGAAAGCAUGCCCCGCACCUGAUUGAGGUGGAGGGGAUCCAGCAACGUUGCAUGCACAUCUAUCAUAAGAUCUACUUCCCGGACGAUACUGUGGAGGCCUUUGAGAUAGAGUCGCAUACGCGGGGAGCGGAUCUCAUCAGGGAGAUAGCAAAUCGUUUGGAGCUUAAGUCGCAGUUGGGUUUCAGUAUUUUUCUGAAAAUGGGCGAGAAGAUUUACGCCAUUCCCGAGGCAGAGUUUGUGUUCGAUUUCAUCACGGAACUUUUGCACUUUCCCCGCCAGCAGAAGACAAUCCGCGCCAGCUGCGAUGGCCACUACCAGCUGCACUUUAUGCGCAAGCUUUGGCUCAACUGUCAGCCGGGCACGGAUUUCAAUGCGGAUAUGAUCUUCAGCUAUCCACAAGAAUUGCAUAAGUACCUUAAGGGCUACUAUGCCGUUGACCUCGAGCUGGCCUUGCAGCUGGUCAAACUAAUUUACAGGGCGGAUCGGGAUAAUGAGGAAGGUUUGCCGCUGCAUGAGCUGCUGCCACGUCUGGUGCCUGAGGACUUGCUACCGUUGCAGACGCUGGCCGAGUGGCAUCAACAGCUCUCGCCAAUUAUGCAGCAAGAGGACGGCGUUGACGAGGAACAAGCGAAGCUGAUGUUUCUACAGGAGCUUGCCAAGCAGCUGUGCUUUGGCUCCACGUUCUUCGUUGUCAAGCAGCUGAACGACAAGUCCCUGCCCGAGAAUCUUUUGAUAGCGAUUAACAGCACAGGCUUCCAUCUACUCGAUGUGCAUACGAAAAAUCUUCUGAGAAGCUACAGCUACACGGAACUGGGCAUGUGGAGCUCCGGCAAGAACCACUUUCACAUACGAUUUGGCAACAUGAUUGGCGCCUCGAAGCUGCUCUGCAGCACUAGCCAAGGCUACAAGAUGGAUGAUCUGUUGGCGUCCUACAUGAGCUACUUUAAUGAUGACCAAUAACCGAUAGAAAUAAAUUU